AUGAUCUCGAUCAAAAUUCAAUUGGUUGGAGGAAACGACGAUCGUUCGUUCAAUGUUAUCCAAGUGGAUAAUAAGAUUCUAUACGUUGACCUAAAGAAGAAAAUUAAAUCUGUGACAUUUGUUCCAAUCGACUUUCAAGAACUCCAUUUCCGUGGUGAACAUCUUCCCGUUGUUGAGCGUCCCAUUCAAGACAUCAAGUUUGGCGAAGAAAUUGUUGUCAAACAUUCUCUUCUGGAAACCUGGCGUAUGUACUUGAUGCUUUGUGACAGCGCCAAUGACACCGAAAAAGAAAAGUCUGAACGGACCAUGUGUGCGCAAAGUGCUAUUGACAAUUCAAAACGACUAGAGGAUUCCGGAUUUUUCUUAGCAUACUUCAACUUUGUGACAGUUUGGAUAGACACUAUCGGUGAAAUGAUGAGGCUUGUCGACCGAACGCAGGACGCUUUUGAACAAAGUGCUACAAGAUUUUUCACCAAGAAGUUUCCCAAUUCAACAUUAAAAUUUAACCCUAAACAAGGCGGUAGUCGAGCAGGAAUUGUGGUGACUGUCACUUGGAAUGGAGAAGAGACAACUUACUAUAUGAAGACUUAUCAUCGCGCCGGUUCUACAAUUUCCCGGCAAAAUGAAUUGGAUCUUCGCGAAAUGUUCGCAUAUCGACUUCUCGAAGUGAUUGGAGUUGGACCUGUUGUAUUCUUUCCAUUCUAUGAUGGACCAACAAACAUUCACUACAUUGCAACUGAGGAAGUCGAAGAAUUCAAAGAGCUCGACAAAAUUGAUGAUGUUGUUCUGCAAAAGAAACUCGUUGUUGAGGUUUACUUGCUGUCACUUAUUCUUGGCAUCCGCGACUUGCAUGAAGGGAACAUUGGUUCAACAAGAGAGAAGGCCCUAUCUAUCAUUGAUUUUUACGUUGUGGAUACUGACAACUUUCAACGACGCAGAAUACUCGAUGAUUUGAAGAAUAAGAGCAACGUUGGUGAUCUAGGGAAAGUGAGGGAGAUUCUUACUGAAAUAGAGUAUGAAGAGAGAAUGAAAAUUGCAAAGGAUGCACUGCCCAAUUGGAGUCGAAUCAAUAGCAUAACAAUCGAUAUCAUUGGUGUUGAAAUAAAGGAAUUACAAGAGCUUGGAACAAAGUACAGAAUUGGCACAGAUGAUGUCGAAAGUUAUCUCGAAGAUAUCAAAUUUAAUUAUGACUCGAUUUGUUUAGCUUUUCAAUAG